CAGGUACCCCCCUGCAGAUGGUGUCCGCCCUCAGUUCUGUCCAGUGUGUGCCAGGCUGAUCCAUGGUCACUUUCCGGAAUGGCUGCAAGGUGACUUCAGCUGAGGAUGACCCUGACUGAAAGGCUGCGUGAGAAGAUAUCUCGGGCUUUCUACAACCAUGGGCUGCUCUGUGCAUCCUACCCCAUUCCCAUCAUCCUUUUCACGGGGCUCUGCAUCUUAGCCUGCUGCUGCCCACUGCUGAAACUUCCCUUGCCAGGAACAGGACCUGUGGAAUUCACCACUCCAGUGAAGGAUUACUUGCCCCCGCCUGUGGACUCUGAUCACAAACAAGGAGAGCCUACUGAGCAGCCGGAGUGGUAUGUGGGUGCCCCGGUGGCGUAUAUCCAGCAGAUAUUUGUCAAGUCCUCGGUCUCACCCUGGCACAAGAACCUCCUGGCAGUAGAUGUGUUCCGCUCACCUCUGUCCCGGGCAUUCCAGCUGGUGGAGGAGAUCCGGAACCAUGUGCUGAGAGACAGCUCUGGGACCAGGAGCCUGGAGGAUGUGUGUCUGCAGGUGACUGACCUGCUGCCAAGCCUCAGGAAGCUCCGAAACGUGCUCCCUGAGCAUGGAUGCCUGCUGCUGUCCCCUGGGAACUUUUGGCAGAAUGACCGAGAACACUUCCACGCUGAUCCUGACAUCAUUGGGACCAUCCACCAGCAUGAGCCCAAAACCCUGCAGACCUCAGCCACGCUCAAAGACUUGCUGUUUGGGGUUCCUGGGAAGUACAGUGGGGUGAGCCUCUACACCAGGAAGAGGAUGGUCUCAUACACCAUUACCCUGGUCUUCCAGCACUACCAUGCCAAGUUCCUGGGCAGCCUGCGUGCCCGCCUGAUGCUGCUGCACCCCAGCCCCAACUGCAGCCUCCGGGCAGAGAACCUGGUCCAUGUGCACUUCAAGGAGGAGAUUGGCAUCGCUGAACUCAUCCCCCUCGUGACCACCUACAUCAUCCUGUUUGCCUACAUCUACUUCUCCACGCGCAAGAUCGACAUGGUCAAGUCCAAAUGGGGACUGGCCCUGGCUGCUGUGGUCACCGUGCUCAGCUCACUGCUCAUGUCCGUGGGGCUCUGCACACUCUUUGGCCUGACUCCCACCCUCAACGGCGGCGAGAUUUUCCCCUACCUUGUGGUGGUUAUUGGGCUAGAGAACGUGUUGGUGCUCACCAAGUCAGUGGUCUCAACCCCAGUGGACCUCGAAGUGAAGCUGCGGAUCGCCCAAGGCCUAAGCAGUGAGAGCUGGUCCAUCAUGAAGAACAUGGCCACAGAGCUGGGCAUCAUCCUCAUUGGCUACUUCACCCUAGUGCCUGCCAUCCAGGAGUUCUGUCUCUUUGCCGUUGUGGGCCUGGUGUCUGACUUCUUCCUUCAGAUGCUGUUUUUUACCACUGUCCUGUCCAUUGACAUUCGCCGGAUGGAGCUAGCAGACCUGAACAAGCGGCUGCCCCCUGAGGCCUGCCUGCCUCCAGCAAAGCCAGUGGGGCGGCCAGCACGUCAUGAACGGCAGCUUGCCAUGCGGCCGUCCAUGCCUCACACCAUUACUCUGCAACCAUCCUCCUUCCGAAACCUGCGGCUCCCCAAGAGGCUGCGUGUCGUCUACUUCCUGGCCCGCACCCGCCUGGCACAGCGCCUCAUCAUGGCCGGCACCGUCGUGUGGAUCGGCAUCCUGGUGUACACGGACCCAGCAGGGCUGCGCACAUACCUCGCAGCCCAGGUGACAGAACAGAGCCCACUGGGGGACAGUGCCCUGGCUCCCAUGCCCGUGCCCAGUGGCGUAUUGCCCGCCAGCCACCCAGAUCCUGCCUUCUCCAUCUUCCCACCCGACACCCCUAAGCCAGCUGAGAAUCAGACGUUGCCAGAGGAGCUGCCUGGGCCCAUGGGCCCAGCAGAGGGUAUCUAUGACAGUCCAGUCCCGGAGGUAACCUGGGGGCCUGAGGACGAGGAACUCUGGAGGAAAUUGUCCUUCCGCCACUGGCCAACACUCUUUAGCUACUACAACAUCACACUGGCUAAGAGGUACAUCAGCCUACUGCCUGUCAUCCCUGUCACCCUCCGCCUGAACCCAAGGGAGGCUCUGGAGGGGCGGCACCCGCAGGAUGGCCGAAAUGCCUGGCUGCCUCUGGGGCCAGGCUCUGUGCAUGGUGGGCUCUGGGAGACCAGCCCCGAGGGACCAGGUGGGGUGCAGGCCCAUGGAGACGUCACCCUGUACAAGGUGGCAGCACUUGGCCUGGCUUCAGGUAUUGUCCUCGUGCUGCUGCUGCUCUGCCUGUACCGCGUGCUCUGUCCGCGGAACUACGGGCAACCUGGUGGGCCUGGCCGCCGGAAGCGUGGGGAGCUUCCCUGCGACGACUACGGCUAUGCGCCUCCUGAGACAGAGAUUGUGCCCCUAGUUCUGCGUGGGCAUCUCAUGGACAUUGAGUGUUUGGCCAGCGAUGGCAUGCUGCUGGUGAGCUGUUGCCUGGCGGGCCACGUCUGUGUGUGGGAUGCACAGACUGGGGACUGUCUCACUCGAAUCCCACGCCCUGGCAGGCAGCGCCAGGACAGUGGUGUUGGCAGCGUGUUUGAGGCUCAGGAGAGCUGGGAACGGCUGUCAGACGGCGGCGGGAAGGGUGGCCCGGAGGAGUCUGGGGACAGCCCUCCGCUGCAGCACUGCCCCCGGGGCCCUCUGCCACCUUCCCUCUUCGGAGACCAGCCAGACCUCACCUGCCUCAUCGACACCAACUUCUCUGCACAGCCGCGGCCACAGCCCUCAGAGCCUCUCCAGCCUGAGCCCCGGCACCGGGCUGGCUGUGGACGAGCUCGAGAUUCCCCAGGCUACGACUUCAGCCUCCUGGUGCAGCGGGUGUACCAAGAGAGGCUGGCUCCCGUCCACUCGCCAGCCCUUCGCCCACCCUCGCCCGGGCCUGCACUGCUCCCGACCCCUGAGGAGGAGGGGGGCUCAUCUCCAGAGAAGGGCUCCCCUUCUCUCGUCUGGGCCCCCAGCGCAGACGGCUCCAUCUGGAGCCUGGAGCUGCAGGGCAACCUCAUCGUAGUGGGGCGGAGCAGUGGCCGGCUGGAGGUGUGGGACGCCAUUGAGGGGGUGCUACGCUGCAGCAGUGAGGAGGUCUCCUCGGGCAUCACGGCCCUCGUCUUCCUUGAUAAAAGGAUCGUGGCUGCCCGGCUCAAUGGCUCCCUCGAUUUUUUCUCCUUGGAGACCCACACUGCCCUCAGCCCCCUGCAGUUCAGAGGAACUGCAGGGCAGGGCAGUGCCCCCACAUCUCCCUUGUACAGUAGCAGUGAUGCAGUGGCUUGUCACCUGACCCACACAGUGCCCUGUGCACACCAGAAGCCAAUCACAGCCCUGAAGGCUGCUGCCGGGCGCCUUGUGACUGGGAGCCAAGACCACACACUGAGAGUGUUCCGUCUGGAGGACUCAUGCUGCCUCUUCACCCUGCAGGGCCACUCAGGGGCCAUCACCACCGUGUACAUUGACCAGACCAUGGUGCUGGCCAGUGGAGGACAAGAUGGAGCCAUCUGCCUUUGGGACGUGCUGACUGGCAGCCGGGUCAGCCACAUGUUUGCUCACCGUGGGGAUGUCACUUCCCUCACCUGUACCACCUCCUGCGUUAUCAGCAGUGGCCUGGACGACCUCAUUAGCAUCUGGGACCGCAGCACAGGCAUCAAGCUCUACUCUAUUCAGCAGGACCUGGGUUGUGGUGCAAGCUUGGGUGUCAUCUCAGACAACCUGUUGGUGACCGGCGGCCAGGGCUGCGUCUCCUUUUGGGACCUAAACUAUGGGGACCUGUUGCAGACAGUCUACCUGGGGAAGAACAGUGAGGCCCAGCCUGCCCGUCAGAUCUUGGUGCUGGACAAUGCUGCCAUUGUCUGCAAUUUUGGCAGCGAGCUCAGCCUGGUGUAUGUGCCCUCUGUGCUGGAGAAGUUGGACUGAGGGCAGCAGCCACGUCCCCUGAGCACUCAAUGCACUGGACUGAGACUGGAGGGAAGGAAUGGAGUCUCUGUCCUGCCUCCAAUAAAUUUUUUUUUAAAAUCACAUCUGCCA